UUAAAAUUUUUAUUUUCAAAUACAGAAACAGCAAUGUGGAAAUUCAACAAGUUACAAAGUUGGAAAAGUAAUUUCGAAACCAUCUCUCCUUACAUACAGGUCAAUAAUCUUUUACUGAAAAAAUAAAAAUAUGGCUGCUGGGUUAAAUAAGUACUGAUGGGGUAUUGAUAGGUGGUACAUAGAUUCGAUGAUAACUGAAUCUCUAUGUUCGUAAAUAUUCUUGGGCCAGUAACUUGAUCUGGGUAAGGAUUUCAGGGAGAGGCUGUUAAGGUGACAACAAGGUUUAUUAAAUUAACAGGGAUAGGAGUAAGGGAAGGGAUAGGGAUGAACUAACUAGGAACAGUUCUGGAUUCCCUCCCACCAAGGUCCAACAGGAUUUAUUUAGGCUGCAGAAAUGGUAUUCACAGGAGAUGGUCAUCUUAAGAAUUACCUAUUUUCUAUAUUUGUUGUAAAUUGUAUUUAAAAACAACUAUGUAGCUGUGCAACUUAGCAGAAGCUUUAAGUGCUAUUCUUUUCUCCUUUAGUUUUUUUGGAUGAAAAUGUCCAGUAUUAAAAUAUAAAGUAUGGAGCAAAAAAAUCUCGAAACGUCAAUUCUGGCGAGAAAUCGGGAAAGGUUAAGGUAUGAUUGCAAUACUUCCCCUCCAUGUUCUGCAACCCAGAACCCUCUUUAUCCUGUUAAUUGUAUUUCACAUUUAAUCUGCAAAUUGGACUUUCAUCACCCCUCCCGCCUUUGAGUUUUUACUUUUUUUUUUGCCGUUCUCUUACCACUGUAUCUAGACAACAACACACCAAAUUCUUAGAUUGAACUAGGAAAAUAGUUUGCAUUUCGUAGUUUGAAUUUUUUGGCGGGAAACAGGAAACAUGAGGAAGUAGGGCCCGACUGCCAAUCACAAGGUGAGCCAGCCUCCCUUCCCCCGACAUCCACGCGCCAAAAUUCCAAACAAGCCACUUCACCUCGGUUUCCGCUACCUCCGCGGCGCUCCGAGGCGCCGGGACUACAGAACGGAAAGAAGAAGUUCCUUUGGACCCUAGCCAAUCCCUCCAAACGGCUAGAGUUCUCUUUCUCCAUCCCCAUUUCUCGGACUGAGAGCGGGCCAGAGGGGUGUCCCCGACCUGGCCGGGGGUGUCCGUGCCCCAAGUGGCCACAUUGCUACGAAGAGAGGCGGAGUCUGCCGCGCAGGGAUCUGGGGCGGCCCCGUGUAUGCUGGCGGGGAGCUUGUGGCGCCAGAAUUCGUAGCGCCGAAGUGCCCGGCGCGACUGCCACCUCCUCCUGGCCCGCUCUAGUUCCUCAUUUGCCUGGAGGAGAAGAAAAUGGUGAUCCUACGCAGCAGCUCUGAGCUGCUUGGCCGCUCCUCGGCCUCUGCCGCGGCGCGGAGCUCGGCCGCAGACACGGGUGGCGCCAACUUCUCGGAUCCCCUGGACUCGAGCUCUGAGUUCCUCACGCUGGAGCCCCUCGGCAGCCGGAGGAGGCAGCUGCGGUCUAGCAGCGCCAUGGGCAAGGCGGCGGCUACCGCCUCCGCCCCGGCCUCCGCCGCAGCCACCCCCGCUUGUGUGACUCGUUCUUCAGUUAAGGAAGUUGAAAGCUUCAGUACACAUGCAUUGAGAUCAUUGAGGAAAACUGAACCACAUUCUUCAGACUCUAGUUUUGACAAGAAUAUGGAAAUAUCAAGUGUUACAACUAAUGGAAGACAUUUUACAAGGCAGUUGGCCAGACAGCAGGCUGAUAAUAAAAAAAAUGAAGAUUGCAAAGAAGACAAAGUGAUUCCAGUUACUCGCUCAUUGAGAACUAGGAAUACUGUUCAAACUACAGAGCAUCUUCAUGAAGAAAAUGGGGAUGUAGAAGUUCGCCGAAGUUGUAGGAUCAGAAGUCGUUAUAGUACUGUGAAUCAGUCUGUACUGUUUGACAAACUUAUAACAAACACAGCUGAAGCCGUAUUACAGAAAAUGGAUGAUAUGAAAAAGAUGCGCAGGCGUCGAAUGAUUGACUUGGAAGACUUGGGAGUAUUUAAUGAUGCAGAAGAAGAAAAUCUUGAUAUGUACUCUAGAGGAAAGCAAAAAAAUGUUCAAAGAACUGAUGAAGAAACUACUGAUAAUCAGGAUGGCAGUGUAGAAUCUUCUGAAGAAGGUGAAGACCAGGAAGAUGAAGACGAAGAUGAAGACGAAGAUGGGGAAGAAGAUAAUCAAAAACGCUAUGAUCUCAGACAAAGGAAGACUGCUGUACAUUACCAGGCUCCCCUGGAAAAACCCCGGCACCAGAGAAAACCUAAUAUGUUUUAUAGUGGCCCAGCUUCUCCUGCAAGACGAAGAUACCGAUUUAGUUCUGCGGGACCAAGAAGUCCUUACUGUAAGAGGAUUAACAGGAGAAGGCAUGCAAUUCAUAAUAGUGAUUCUACAUCUUCAUCUUCUUCUGAUGAUGAACAGCACUUUGAGAGGCGAAGGAAAAGAAGCCGUAAUAUAGCUAUUAGCAGGUGCCUCCCAUUGAAUUUUCGGAAAGAUGAGUUAAAAGGAAUUCAUAAAGAUCGAAUGAAAAUUGGUGCAAGCUUAGCUGAUGUUGAUCCAAUGCAAAUAGAUUCUUCGGUACGAUUUGAUAGUGUCGGUGGCCUUUCGAAUCAUAUUGCAGCUCUAAAAGAGAUGGUAGUCUUCCCAUUGCUUUAUCCAGAAGUCUUUGAAAGAUUUAAAAUUCAGCCACCAAGGGGAUGUUUGUUCUAUGGCCCUCCUGGGACUGGAAAGACACUUGUUGCCCGAGCACUUGCCAAUGAAUGCAGUCAAGGUGAUAAAAGAGUAGCUUUUUUUAUGAGGAAAGGUGCUGAUUGUUUGAGUAAAUGGGUAGGGGAAUCUGAACGACAACUACGUUUGUUAUUUGAUCAGGCUUAUCAAAUGCGUCCUUCAAUUAUUUUCUUUGAUGAAAUUGAUGGUCUGGCUCCUGUUCGAUCAAGCAGACAAGAUCAAAUUCACAGUUCUAUUGUAUCUACCUUACUAGCACUUAUGGAUGGACUGGAUAGUAGAGGAGAAAUUGUUGUGAUUGGAGCUACCAAUAGACUGGAUUCUAUUGAUCCUGCUUUACGAAGACCUGGCCGAUUUGACAGAGAAUUCCUUUUUAGUUUACCUGAUAAAGAUGCACGGAAAGAAAUUCUAAAGAUUCACACAAGAGAUUGGAAUCCCAAGCCAUUGGAUAUAUUUCUUGAAGAACUUGCAGAAAAAUGUGUUGGAUACUGUGGUGCAGAUAUUAAGUCCAUAUGUUCUGAAGCUGCUUUGUGUGCUCUACGUAGACGUUAUCCUCAGAUAUAUACAAGUAGUGAGAAACUACAAUUGGAUCUUUCAUCAAUUAAUAUCUCAGCUAAGGAUUUUGUAGUAGCUAUGCAAAAGAUAAUCCCAGCUUCUCAAAGAGCUGUAACAUCACCUGGACAGGCAUUGUCUGCUAUUGUGAAACCUCUCCUUGAAAGCACUGUCCAUAAGAUCUUAGGGGCCAUACAAAGAGUGUUUCCACAUGCAGAACUUGGUGCAAAUAAAGGACCAAAGUCAGAUGUCCCUGGGCCUCUACUAGAAAGUGACUUGGCAUAUAGUGAUGAUGAAGUUCUCUCAGUAUAUGAAAAUGGACUUUCUCAGAAAUCCUUCAAUAAAACAAAAGAAAAUAGUAAUUUCCUUCAUCUCAAUAGAAAUGCUUAUCACCAGCCUACAUCUUUUCGACCAAGAAUCUUGAUAGUAGGAGAGCCAGGAUUUGGACAGAGUUCUCACUUGGCACCAGCUGUGAUUCAUGCUUUGGAAAAGUUUACAGUGUAUACCUUGGACCUUCCUGUUCUUUUUGGAGUCAGUACCACAUCACCUGAGGAAACAUGUGCUCAGGUGAUCCGUGAAGCCAAGAGGACAGCCCCAAGUAUAGUCUAUGUUCCUCAUAUCCACUUAUGGUGGGAAACAGUUGGAUUAACACUUAAAGCUACUUUUACCACAUUGUUACAGAACAUUCCCUCAUUUGCUCCAGUUUUACUGCUUGCAACUUCAGACAUACAACACACUGCUCUUCCAGAAGAGGUACAAGAAUUGUUCAUUAGUGAUUAUGGGGAAGUUUUCAAUGUCCAGUUGCCUGGUGGUGAAGAAAGAACAAAAUUUUUUGAAGAUUUAAUUCUGAAUCAAGCUGCUAAGCCUCCUGCAUCCAAAAAAAAAGCAGUUUUACAGGCACUAGAGGUCCUGCCAGUAGCUCCACCACCUGAGCCAAAGCCUUUGACAGCAGAGGAAGUGAAACGUCUUGAAGAGCAAGAGGAGGAUACAUUUCGUGAACUUAGAAUUUUCUUAAGAAAUGUUACUCAUAGGCUUGCUAUUGACAAACGCUUCAGAGUAUUUACCAAGCCAGUUGAUCCUGAUGAGGUUCCUGAUUAUGUCACUGUAAUAAAGCAGCCAAUGGACCUGUCAUUAGUUAUCAGUAAGAUUGAUCUACAUAAAUAUCUGACUGUGAAGGACUACCUGAGAGAUAUUGAUCUCAUCUGUAGUAAUGCUUUAGAGUACAACCCUGACAGAGACCCUGGAGAUCGACUUAUAAGACAUAGAGCCUGUACUCUAAGAGAUACUGCCUACGCAAUAAUUAAAGAAGAACUUGAUGAAGAUUUUGAACACUUGUGUGAAGAAAUUCAGGAGUCUAGAAAGAAGAGAGGUUGCAGCUCUUCCAAAUAUGCACCAUCUUAUUAUCAUGUGAUGCCAAAGCAGAGUACAACUUCUGUUGAUGGGAAAAGAUUAGACCCAGAACAGAGUGAAAAGCUGAAGAUGCUCAAUGCCCCUAUGGCUUGUAGCACUCCUUCACUUUAUACUGCUCCAUCAAAAAAAAAGAUUCGAAGAAAGAGUAAAUGGUACUUUGGCACCAUAAAAAAAAGAAGGAAGAUUUCUCAAACCAAAGAAGAUAGCAGAAAUACAGAAGAUGACAAAAAUGAGAGUGAUGGAGAUCAAGAAAAUCAUGACACUAGUAUAGAUCACAAUGAAGCUGAAGUCACAGGAGAGUCUUCAGUGGAAGAAAAUGAAAAGCAACAAAAUGGUUCUGAAAAUAAAAUUGAGAUGGAAAAUAAAAGCAUUCAUGCUACUUGUGAUAGUGUUGUGAAUGAACCCGAAAAGGAAACUAAGAAGACUACAAUAAGUACAGAAUUAAGAAAAGAUAGGAUAACUUGCAAUGGAGAAAUUACUAACUGUCAAAUAACAGAGUAUUCUGAGGAUGUUGAAGCAAAGGAAACCUGUGUUCUUAGGAUGACUCGAGCCAGACGUUCCCAGGUUGAGCAGCAGCAACUCAUCAGCGUUGAAAAGGCUUUAGCAAUUCUCUCUGAACCCACACUCCCACUUAUUGUGGACCAUGAACAGCUAAAAAAUCUUUUGAAUAUUACCAUUAAGAAAAGUCAAGAGUACAAUAUAUUUCAGUUGGAAAAAUUAUAUGCAAUAAUUAGCCAGUGUAUUUAUCAACAUCGCAAGGACUAUGACAAAACCCAACUAAUUCAGAAAAUGGAACAAGAAAUCAAAAAUUUUAGUUGUUCCAAAUCAUGAAGUUCUGAGGAUCAGCUUUCUUCCAUUUGACAUCUCAUUUUGGUCACGUUUAUUGUCUCUGCAGAGCUGAUGCAAAAUUGAAUUUCUACGUAUUUAAGAUAUAUUGUUUUUAAAAUACUGCUAAAGUGUUUUAACUGGUUUUAAUUUUGUAUA